AUCGGUGCGGUCACGCUGAAGACAACAAUAAUAGAAAUAAAUUAAAUCAAUUGGCGAAUUAAACUAUAUUAGGCGCGGCGCGACGAAGGGAAUUUGAUGAGCAGCAGACGGGGAAUGCCGUGACGAAUGGCGGCAGUGCGUCCCAUGGAAGGCCACCGCGCAACAGUGUUCCUGCAGAAAUGUGCGCGAUAGAGCAUGUGCAUUGCGACUAAUCCAAAGAGUCCCCCUGUGGUCAUAACGCAUUUAAUAACCAACCCAGCCGGAAAGGCUCGAUUCACCAGAGAUCCUCGAGUGUCCUGCACCCCGUCCCCGUAACCCUAUAGCCCCACCCCAAUCAUGGACGAAGACAUCCUGAACGCUGUGGAAUCGCUGUUCGGCAAGGAUGUGAAGAUCGUGGACUGCGAAACCUCGUCCUCGCUGCAGCAGGAGGAGGUGCUGCUGGUCAACGGAGUGCCCGUCAAACUUGAUGGCCUGCCCGCGGAUGAUGCCAGUGCCAUAAAGGCUGCUCUGCUGGAGGGACAGAUGCCCUCGGUGGAGCACUUAAAUCAGCUGCUCUUCCGCGCCGGUUUGGCCCAACAGCCCAUCGAGGUAGAGACCUCGUUAACUGUGAAAUCCUCCCUCACCACCACGGAGGAGGUGCUGGUUUCCCGUAACGGACAAAUCCUGGACGAACGCACAGUGGAGACAAAGGAAAACUUUAACCACCAGUCGCACCAAAAGGAGAUCUGGCAUCCUGUUAAGCAGCACGCAGCCUUGGCUCGCGCCACUCCCGAAAAUGCCCUCAAAUACCGAACCACUUCGAAUUCCACGUUUGCCUCGCAGGCCACGGACUCGGACGAUCGUCCAGCUGACCCCUUGGGCCGCCAGCUGAACCAAACCUUCUCGAAUGCUUCCCUUAUGUCCAGCAGUUCGGCCAUCACUGGAUCCGAUCAGGUCAUUGGAUCCGUUUCAUCCACCACCAUAGGAGACAAGAGCUCGAAUAUAAGUAGUUGCGACUCCGGCCACGAUGGCCUCUUCCACAGCGUGUCCAUGAGUGCGCCCUGGUCACAUCCACGAGACACUUUGACCGACUCCCUGUACUGCGACAUCCCCAGCUCGGCAGAUGAGGCGGAUGCGGUUUCUAUCCUAAACACCCACUUGCAGAUUACAGAGCUAGCCGAUUGCCAAACAGCGCCAGUUUACGCCAAAGACAUGCCCAGGCAGGGCAGCCUGGAUUCGCUAGUCAGUCUGCUGAUCAAUGGCCACGAUGCUGAUGUGCAGUUUGCCUUUUUGACCUCUGCCCGUUUGUUUUUGCCACCAAAUGAGCUGCUCUCCAAAAUCAUUGCCAAGAGCCAGGGAAAGGAGGACAACCUGAUUCGACUGCUAAGCCACUGGUUCAUCAUUUGUCCCAGCGACUUUCGCCACGAGAUGCUGCUGCAAGAGCUGGAGAAGAAGCGUGAGGUCAAGGGAAUGACGGCAUUUUUAGAUGGCAUUCCCCAAUCUCAGGCACAAAGAGCCGAAAAGGGACGAAGCCAACUACAGUAUCUGCUGACCAAGCAAUCCUCAGCCAGCUCCCUGGGACGUCAGAGCAGUAUUAAGUCGCUAAAACGCUUUGCCGCCAAUGUCUACAAGACGGACAAUGUGCUCAACAACUGCAACAGUGCCUUUGAAUUGGCUCACCAACUGUAUGCCAUUGAGUACGCCUAUCUGUCACAAAUUCGCGUGGAGGAGUUUGUUGAAAUACUGGAAAAGGAUGAGCUUAAGUCCUGCAUGAGCCAAACCAAGGCGGGCACCUUGGGCUCCAAUUGUCUAAGCCAGGUGACAAUCGACAGCUAUGUGCAAUGGUUUAACCAGCUGAGCUGCUUGACUGCCACCGAGAUACUGAAGCUGGGCAAAAAGUCUCAGAGAGCACAAAUGAUCGACUUCUGGGUGGAGACAGCUCUGGAAUGCUUUAACACGGGCAACUUCAACAGCUUGAUGGCCAUUUUAACAGCAUUGAAUCUAAAUGCCAUAGCCCGCUUAAAGAAAACGUGGGCCAAAGUGCAGACAACAAAGUUCGAGGGCUUAGAGCAUCAAAUGGAUCCCAGUUCAAACUUUCUGAACUACCGAUCUACCAUGAAGGCAGCUGUUUGGCGUUCGGAAAGGGAAAUGGCCAACAAAAUUGAGCGUGCCAUUAUUCCAUUCUUCUCGCUGUUCCUCAAAGACUUGCAUGCCAUCAACGAGAGCCAUGAAACGAAAUUGGUCAACGGAAACCUGAACUUUGAGAAGUGCCUCCUCUUGGGCACCCAGCUGCGUAACUUCAGCAAAUGGCAACGACUGGACUGUCCCUACGAGCAGCUGCCCAAUGUGGUGUCCUACCUUUUAAAAGCGGAGGUGCUAGCCGAGGAUCUUUUGAUGAAGGCCUCCUACGAGUGCGAGCCACCCGAGAACGGCGAGGAAAAGGAUCACUACAAGACGCUGAAGGCCACGAAGAAAUCCAACACAUAAUCACCAAUCAUUAACGACAAUCUUCGGGAUAGUGCAACAUAAUAUACAAUGCAAUAAGUCUUGCACACUUUCGUUGGCGUUCCAUUCUCACAUCUUGCAUUUGUAUCGCGAUAAAACAGUAACAAUAAUAACUCUUACACUUC